AAAUUCCAUCAGCAGAACAUUCUCUGAGUGGCAGCAUAUUUGUUUUGAAAACAUGAAAAUGGAUUGUGAUCAAAAUUAUGGCAGUUCCUCUGUUAUGAAUUCAGUGGAGUCAAUUGAUUCAGAUAAAAUUAAUCUUGGAUCUGAAAAAGAGACGGGUGAUCACCGUGAAAUUUUAUGUGAAGACGAUUGUAAUAAUGGAAUACGAAUAGAAGUCUUAACUGAGAAACAAGGUAGUUCAUCUGUAUUAGACAGCGGUGAUCACGGACUUGUUUGUGAGAAGCUGUUUGAUGUAACGCCUGCCAUCAAUGUAAAAAAGGAAGCCGAUGAAUCUGAAGUAAAUGAUGGGGAAAAAUGCAUUUGUGUUACGGAGCAAAAUUCUGAUGUUUUGGAAAGUACACUAGAACAAAAAACAAAUGUGAUAGAUGUAAAUAAACUUUCCGUUACUCCGAGAACAACUGUUUCUACAGAUAUUAAUAGUGAAAUAAAAUUGGUUGAAAGCUGUGAUAAAUCUUGCGAUGAUUCUGUUAAAGUGAAUAGUAAUGUAGCGAUUGAAAAACAAGGUGAUUGUUCUGUUGGAGAUGUGAGUUUUAGCUUCGAAAUAAAUACAGAAAAGCCUGACCAGAAAAUAACUAAAAAACUGGAGUGUAAAGAUCUAGCUCCUAUCGAAAAAUGUCCUAAAAAGCUUGAUGUUGAGGAUAAACCAGUUUUUAACAAAGACGGAGCUGAAAAUUUUGAUGGUAAUGCUUCUGCAAUUUCAAAUGUUGAAUGUGCAUUAGAUCUUGAUCAUGAUCUUGCGGUUAAUGACUAUGAGAAAAAAUCCGAUUGUAAUGAUCCAGUCAUUUUAAAUGAGAAAUGUACAAAAAAGCUUGGUUGUAAAGAUCCAGCAGUUUUAAAUGAGGAAUGUAUGGAAAGAUUUAAUUGUGAUGAUCUACCCAUUUUAAAUGAGAACAGUGCUAAAGAGUUAGUUUGUGACAAUACACUUAUUUUAAAUGAAAAAUGCUCAGAAGAACUUGUAUGCUAUAACGAUUCAAUUGUCUCGAAUGAAGAUUGUUCUAAAAUCCUUGAUUCUAAUAAUAUAGCCAUUUCUAACAAAAUAAGUGUUAAAAAACUUGAUUGCAGUGAUUCAGCAAUAGCAGAAGAAAAGUUCUCUGAAAAGCUUGAUUGUAUUGACCUAGGAGUUAUGAAAGAAGAAUGCUCUAGAAAACUUAGUUGUGAUGAAUCAGUAGUUUCUAGAGAGGGAUUCUCUAAAGAAAUUGAAUGUAAUGUUCUAGCCAAUUCAAAAGAAAAAGACAAUAGUGUUGCAGAUGAAACUUUAAUUGAGACAUCAAAUGAUAUAGAUGAUUUACCUAAGAUGUCUAUUAAUGUUACAAAUGAAACUUUAGUUAGGACAUCAACUGAUAUAGAUGAUUCGUCUAAGAUGUCUAGUAGUGAUGACAUAAAAUUAAAUAUUGAAAAAGAAGAUGAUAAAGAUGAUCAGUUUCUGAUUUUGAGUGAAGAUAGCAACGAUUCUAUUUCUGCACAUUGUAUUGAGAUGGCUAUUGCUGAAAGUAACGAAGAAGAGGAAAAAAAUAAUGAUGAAGGCAAAAAAGAAGUCAACUCAAUGAAAAAAAUUGAUGAUGAUGAGUUUAACUUCGAAAAAGUUAUGGAUGAAUCAGAGGAUGAAAUAGAUUCAAUAUUGCCAGAAUUUGUGAACUCCGAAUUUGCUGACAAAGAUAAAAGUGUUGAAAAUGUCACUUUAUCUGAUAGUGAAGCUGAAAUGGAUUCUCUUAUAGAAGCUUUCAAGGCUGAAAAGUCAGAUUCUGAAGAUGAUUGUCUGAUAAUUGAAGAUGAUUCUCAUGAAAUAGUAUUAGAUGAUGAUAAAUCUGAUGUAAAAGUGGCAGUAACUUUAUCUCCUAUAAAAGUUACAGACAGUAGAAAAGAUGGUUUUGAAUUAAAGGACACUGAUUUGAGCGUUUUCAAUAAAGAAGAUAUUUGGGUAAAUGAUGCCAAUGUUUCUAGUGAAAAUAAUCAAAACAUUUUAUCUCCAAAACUCAAUCAGAAGAAUGAAGAAAUAAAUAAUUCAUCUACUGGUAGUUGUAAGGAAAGCUUAAGAGGCGAAUGUGAGAGUAAAGGCAAAGGAGAUGAUGAAUUAAAAUCUGCUAGGGAACCUAAAAAUGAUGAUUCAUCAGAAAAUUCUAAUGUUUUAGACCUUAUUAAUCAAAAUUUAGAAUCUAUUGUGUCUCUAAUAAGUGAGUCAAGUAAUCAAAAAGAUAAUAAAAUUGAAACAAUAUUAAAGAAUGAAGUAAAUAUAAACAAUUCCAAUCUUGAAAAUAGUGAUUCUCAUAAUGAGAAUAAACAUAAUAGCGCCGCGUCUGAAUUUGUUAAUACUUCUGUUUCAAGUGUGGAGGAAACAGUUAAAGAUUUACUGAAUGAACUUAGUUAUACUCUCAGUAAGGAGGAUUCAUCUGAAAAUUCUACAGUGUCAGAUCUUGAUGCAGAUUUAAAAUCUAUUGAGCUAAAGAAUAUGAAAUUGUUAUUGGAAUCAUCAAGUAGUGAGAAUAGUUUGGAAUCUCUUGACGUUUCUUCACAAAGUCCUAAGAAUCCGGUAGAAUUAGAAGAUUCAGUAAAGAUAUUAGAUGUCAUUGAAUCUGUGGAAACAAUAGUUAAAGAUGGAUUGACUGCACAAUUAAAUUCUAAACCAGUUGAGAAAGAUUCAAUGGAAGUAGAAUCUGGUAAAGAUAAAGAAAAUAAACAAGCAGAAGAGACAGAACUUACUCAAAAAUGUCUGCCUGUGAAUGGUGAUGUUUUUAAUGACGAACCUGAAGUUUUGGUGUCGAACAAGAUUGAUGGACUUCUCUCAGUGUGCAAUAAUUUUGACUAUACGAAAUGUUCUGAAAAAGGUUCAACAAGUCAACCAGAUUCCUUACGUAAAAUCUGUGAUAAUGUUGAGGACAAUUUAAAUAAACUCGAGACGGAAAAAUCUGAAGUAAGAGAAGAAACUGAGUCAUCGGAAGAAAAUAAUCAAAAAGAUCUUUCAAAGAAAAGGAAAGUUGAAGAGGAAGAUGAUGUCAGUACCUCAAAGAAAUUAAAAGAGGACAUUGUUACAAACGCUGAAACUGUUAGCAAAUUUGAAACUAAACAAAGUUGGUUAGAUAAAAUCGCUCAAGAUUUAUGUGUAAAAGUUGUCACUGAUUUGUUUGGAAAAGAGUUAAAAGAGUUGGGGGAUGCUGUAACAGAGAUGGAGAUUAAAUUAACAUCUUCUUCUAAAGAUCUGGAAACAUUCAAAAAACAAGCAACUGAGUUCUACAAUGCACAAGAAACUACUUUUAAGGAAAACAAUUAUAACCCUAAGGUACCUACACGAACUGUCGGUGUUAAUGUGAAAAUAUUUAGGGAAUGUGAUAUUCAGUCUUUAAAAGCAGCUGCUAAAGCUCCAUCUUUUUCACCUGUUGGUAAACCUAUCAAUCUACCUUCUUCAGUAGCAGCAGCUGCCCCUGUACCUAAAGUUAUUCCGAGUGAAAAAGCUAAGCUACUUUUAUCUUCUCUUCCAAAGAUAUCUCCUGUUACUAAUCGCCCACCUCUAGUCUCAACUCCAAAACCUCAACCAAUUCAACAGAUAAGGGGUGUUAUGCAGCCCGCAGCAGUUCGAAACACAGCAGUAUUACCUCAGAAUAAAACAGGAAAUCAAUUGAUAGAUUUAACUGAAGAUACAUCAUCAGGAAAUAGAAGAUAUAUUGGUUCUACUAAUGUUGUUUCUGGAGGUACAGCCAAUAAGGUUAAUCUACCACCAGGUGCAACUCAAAACAAUGUGCUUGUUCCCCUUAAUAACUUUGUUCAACUUAUACCUUCAUCACAAAACAUCUCAACAACUAAUGCUGGACAACGCCAGUUAAUGCCCUCCAUUCCUUCUAAUUUGUUGGGACAAAGAGCCGUUGGCUAUACUAUAUAUACACCAUCUGCUGGCUCAACAAAUAAUAUGGCAAUGCGUGGUGUACCAACUUUGAUAUCCAACCAAAACCAGCGGCUUCAAACAUAUUAUGUCAGAGUUACAAAUUCAAGUAGUCAAGCUCCACUGAGUUCUAUAGUAAACUCUUCUGUAAGGCAACCAUCUUUGCCGCACGGUGCAAGAGCAACACUAAGUUCAUCUUCUAAUCUUGUUGUUUAUUCCCGUAGUGCUCCUCCUGUUAGGUUACAACAUCCUGCACCAUUUCCACAAAUGGCUAGUUAUCCAAUGAGACCAGGACUAAAACCAGUGCCUCCAAAGCCUUCUUUAAAAGGUUCCAGGAAUGCAAGUGGUAUUGUUUUGUCUUGGAAUAUACAUUCUGAUUUAAAAGUAUUUGCAGACAUACUGUCUUAUCAGCUGUUUGCAUAUCAAGAGACUAGUGGCUCACCUAUCACUGCAGCUCUUUGGAAACCUGUGGGAAAUGUAAAAGCAUUACCUUUACCCAUGGCCUGCACUUUAACACAAUUUGUUGAAGGCUUUAAGUAUCAUUUUACUAUAAGGGCAGUUGAUUCUCAUGCACGAUAUGGCCCUUUUAGUGACCCUGUUGGAAUUAUGUUCAAUAAAUAUGUAGCAAAUAGUUAAAAUUUGCAACUUUGUUUUAAAUUUUUUUUUUGUAUUAUAAAAUUUUCAUAUCAAUUUUAGUAAAAUAAAUGUUUAAACAAUCUUGUCAUUUUAUCUGAUACUUCUACGAGACACAUCAAUAUAAAGUUAUUUUUGUAUCAACUUUAAAAUUAAUGUAAUGUUUUAAAUAAAACAUUGCAAUACAAAGGAAUAAUUAUUUUAUUGUGUUUUCAGCGCAAAAUUCUGAAGAUAUGCUUCAUUGUUAAAUUUAAUUUUUAACAAAGUACUUUGACAUUUUCUCCAGAAAUUGUAAAUAUAUGUGUAAAACUGUAUUUAUAGUGCCAUCAUGCUUAUAUUUAGUCAUAUUCAGAAGUAUUUGCAAUUUUAUGUACAAUAUUUGAUCUCUCAUUACUGCUUGUUAUAAGAAUCCAUCUUUCAUUGUAAGUAAUAACAUUCUUUUUUUCCUGCAUAACUCAAGAAAACAUUUUCAUUAGCAUUUAAAUACCUCAACACAAUUAUUGAGUAAUUAUUAUUAGUGAUGUAAUUUUGCUUUUAUUCUUAAGUCUUACUACUCUUAUGAAUGCAUUUAUUGAUUUGUUUUGUUUAAAUUAUUUUCUUUUAUUUCUGUUGACUAAAAGAAGGUACUGUUGUUAAUUUCGCUGUAUGAAACAUUUACAAAUAUACUGUUGAACUUCUACAACUUGAUGCAGUAUCAAAGUAAAAAAGGUAUUCAAUUCAUAGAAAAUUGAAAUAUUCACAUAUUUUUUAAUCGUUUUUCUUUUUCUUAUUAAAGGAAAACAUUUACAAAUAUACUAUUGAACUUCUACAACUUGAUGCAGUAAAAAAUCAGAAGUAAAAAAAGUAUUCAAUUCAUAGAAAAUUGAAAUAUUCACAUUUUUUGAUCGUUUUUCUUUUUCUUAUUAAAGGAAACCAAAAAGUAAAUAACAGUAGACACUUUCUUUAAAAAAAUUAGUCAUUAAAAAAAGAGUAAAGCAACAAAAAUUUAAUUAUUUAUAUGUAAAGCAUUUAUUGAUUAUUAUAUGUUACAAUGAAAAAGGGUAGGUUGCUAAAAGCAAUGAACACUUUAAAAAAAAAGAGUAAUAUUUUAUAUUUUUGUGACACUUUUUUUACCCUGAGAGAAUUGUAUUGUCCAAAAUGUAUAAGAACAUUAAAUACUUAUUUUUCCACAAAUGUUAGCUGAUAUAAGUUUAUAAAAAUAAAUGAUUAUGGUGUUUUAAUUUUUAAACUUAAGGUUGAUUUUUGAAACAGUUUAAAUUGGAUUUAUGAAAUGCGUUGCAUCAAAAAUAAGAAAUUGCCAUAAAACAAUUUUUCAUUAAAAUCUUAUCGUUGACUUCUUUGGAUUUGCUUGAAAGAUGUUUUGAAAGUUUUUUUUCUAAAGUUUUCAAUGUUGUAAAUCAAUUUUUUAAACUCAAGAUUUAAAUAAAUAUUUAAUGUUAAAGCCUAUGCAUUAGUCCAUGUUUAUAAAAUUUAUAGAUAUUUGGAUUAGAAAUGUCUAACUGUAUUUGAUUGAUCAGUUGAUAUAUUUUUAUUUUUAGUUCAAUGAUAAGUUUCUCUAGAAAAUUAUUUGUUUCUAUUUUUAAAUUUUUGAUUGAGAACUCUUUUGGUAUUACCAAAAGUGCUCAAAUUGUUUUUAGUUUUAAAAAAAGUUAUAAAUUUAACUUUUCAAACGUCAAGUUUAUAAAAAAAAAUUUUCAAUGUCAAAGUCUAUGCAUAUUUUGGUUAUUUUAAAAUUGCCUCUAAUUGUGAAUGUAUUGGGUUAUAGAAGUUUGACUGUGUUUGAUCAAUUAAUAAAUAUUAUUUUACUUGC